ACCCUUUUUUGGUGUGCCUUAGGCGGUUUGAUCUUAGGUGGAAUUGUUGUCAUCUCAUACUGGAUACGACGAUGCAGGACACUUGCAGCGAGGUCAGCGCAGCGCCAGCGCCGCAUACGGAGCCGGAGCUCAUCGUCGGCGGCCCCAAUCAGCGGCAGCAACAACAGCAACAGCUCCAGCAGCAGCUCCAGCAACAACAGCAACCGAGGGAUACCAAAGUCAUCGCCAGAUCACAAUCAUCGUCGUCGCCGUCGCCGCAUGCUCCAGUGCAUCAAUUGAAGCAGCAACAGUCCCUGCCACAGCCACUGCACCAGCAGCUGCCGCAGCAGCAUCCGCUCCACAAUCCUCACGCCUCCAAGUCCGUCUCCAUACUCGUCUACAAGACACUGAACACCGUGUUCAGGAGCAGUCGCAAGAUCAUUGUGCGCGUCUGUGACUUGGCCAGCUCCAAGAAAUCCUUCACCAUGUUCAAGUUCAACAAGGCCGCCCAGCAGCAGCGGAUGGACAAUCGGAACAGCGCCGUCACCGGCCACGAUCAGUUUGUCAGGCCGCCGGUGCCCGAAAAGAAAGUGAAGCACAUUAUGAAGAAGCUGCACAAGGCGAAUGGCUUGAAGCGCUCCAAUUCGGCCAUCGAGUUUGAUGUCUCAGCCCUGACGGCGGCCAAUCGCCGACAGAUCUACAGUAGCAAUCGUUCGGCGAGCUCGGAGCAAGAUAACAUGUCCGACAUGUCCGAGCACUCGGAGAAGUCGCCGCUGGUUAGCGCACGGUUAGACAGUCUAGCUAGGCUCUUCUUUAGCAAAUCGAUGCCAGCGGAAGCCGGAAGUAGAGAUACCAUAGAUUCAGUACUAACAACCAGGCCCAACAUCAAAUAUCAGUACUCCGCCCUGGACAGUGGCAAUGGGAUCGUGGAGCGUAGUCCUCGGGAGCGUGCCCAAAGGGAGCGAGCGCUGAAUGCCACCCAAGAGUGGAUACAGAGUGCCAAUGGGCGUUACGAGGUGAUUGCACAUCUGGAUGAGAUCGGUUCGAGGCAUGGCAAGAACUGGUUUCUGGUCACAGAUGCAUCGGUUCGCACAGAUCGUCUGAUGACGCUGCUGCCUCUGCCGCCCGAUUGUGUGGCCUUUGAGGAUAUGCCACCAAAUGAAAGUGCCAGGGACAUACUGAUGGAGCUGCUGGGCUCCCUGCAUCAUCCCUACAUCUAUCCCGUGCUGGACUUGGGCUUCUUGCGCAGCAGCUCCAAUGGCUAUGCGUGCCUUGUCACACCCUUCAACUCGCGCGGCAGCCUCAAGGAUUUGAUCUAUAAGGCACAAUGGAACGAGCCGUGGGUCAAGAAGUACACACGCAAACCCAAUGGUUUGCCUGUCAGCCAGGUGCAGCGUCUGGGCAGACAGAUCCUGGAGGCGCUGCUCUUUCUGAAGGAGCGUGGCUUUCCGCUUCACGGUCAUCUGCACAGCGGCAAUGUCAUACUGCAGAAUGGUGCCGCCAGGUUAUCGGGAUUGGAGAACGGCCUGCUGGGCCUGAGCUCGCGCAACAAUGCCGUUAUGUGGUCCCGCUCGGUGACCGAAAUCGAGAACGUUGACAUCGUGUGCUUCGGCCAUCUGCUGUACGAGAUGUGCACAGGGCAGGAGCUGAACACACCGAAGCCGUCCAUACGGGUGCUCGAAAUGGAGCUGAAUCAUUAUCCACAAAUUGGCCAGAUACUGGAAAUACUGGGCCUGAUCUUUGAGCCGCCCAGCGGUGUCUGCCCCUCCGUUGAGGACCUAGUCCUGUGCGAUCUCUUUCGCAGCAUCGAUCUAAGGGAGCUGCGUGGUCCCUGCUUUAGUACAAUUAAGCCGAGCCUCAGCAGAUCCACUCUCAACCUGCUGCAUGCCGUGAAGAAGCGGCAAUGCGCCUCCUUGGGUCAUUCGCUGAGCGAGGCAAGUUCGCCCUGUACGCCGCCCUCGACGCCGCACGAUCGACGCACUGGAAUCAGCCGAACAAUGGACUCAUUUGACAUAUCAAGCGACUCGGAGGAGGGCCUGCUCGAGGAGAUUGUCGUCGGUGGCAGCUGCCACCAGCAGCACCUGCUCCGGCUGCAGCAGUGGCACUCGGCCCACUCUUACACGUACGAGCCGGCAACGGAGUCGCCCAUUCACUACUGCGACCAUGCCACACUCUACUCCGAUGACAACAGCAUCCAUGACCAGCAGCCGCCCACCAUACGCUGCAGCACCAGCAGCCAGAGCAAUCUCAAUGUAAUGUUAGCCGAGGGCACUGCCGAGGGGGAGCAGGAGGAGCAGGAGCUGCCUGAGGGGGAGCAACAACAGGAGCAUGACGAGCAGGUCGAGGACUAUGAGGUGGCCAGCGGCUCAUCGGGUGCCCAGCGGCUGCAUGCCCCGUGCAGCUCCUCCGGCGCGGGCGCCUCCUUCAAUCAUCAGUUGACGGCGGACAUGUGCAACUACAAGAACUCAAAGAGCCGUCGGCUGGAGUACUCGCUGAAGUGCCUCAAGUACGGACGCAGCAAUCCCUCGCAGGACUCGGCCUUUGGCUCCCUCACCGACAACGACCUGUCCAUUGCAUCGAGCAUACGCCUGAGCAGCUUUCAGUCCAUUUCCUCGCCCAUAGACGAGGGUGUCGAGGAUAUCAUCAUAGCCACGACAACGGGCGGCAACGAGACGUGCCUGGAGCUGGCCACCAUACCCAGGAGCAUGGUCUCACAGGACUCAGCGAUAUCCUCGCCCUGCCGCGAGAGUUCCCCCAGCAACUUUCUGCACAUUGACGACGCCAUGUCCGGCACGGGCUCCACGUCAUCGGGCUCGGGCUGUGGCUCGUACGGCAACAUGCGUCCGCAGCAGUUUCCUGUCUCGCUGUCACCGAAAAUACUCGUGACUGCCACCAGCAAUUCGAGCAGCUCCUCGCUGGCAUCCAACAGCAAUGCAGGACAGGGGCAGGCACAGGCACAGGGGCAUGCCCAUCAGCAGCAGCAGCAGCAACAGUUUGAUCCGCCCAAGAUCCUCGUCAACGAUCAGAACUCCAUCUACACGACAUCGCCCUCGAAGCGUUCGGGCAUGAUUGAGGUCUUCUCACAGAAGUAUAGGCAUCCCUUUCAGGUGAGCUCCUUCGAGGACAUGUCCCCGAAGCGGGGCAACUCGGACAAGCAGCACCUGAAGCAUGUGAAUCGGCUGGCCUUUCGCUCGCUGGAGGAGGAGCGGCGCAUCGACAAUGCCUUCAUGCCCAUGGCGGACCGCACCCACUCGGACAAUCGCGUCAAUAUGCAGAGCGAGAAGUACAAGAAGCUGACGCAUGCCUCGUUCCGCAUCAGCAAGACCUCCAGCCAGGACUCGCCCACGGCCACGCCCACCACACCGAAUGCGGGCAACAGCAUGGAGAUGCAGCGCACCGGACGUCAGACCCUGUGGCGGGAUAGCAAGUUCUACCGCAAGAAUCGCAUUGCCAAGAGCAACGACUCGCUCAUGGAGAACACUCCCUCGAGCCCCAGGCUGUCGCCCAGUUCGUUGCGGGACAAUCAAUAUGAGAGCAGGAGCAGCUCUCAGGCCAGUCGGCGUUCGCUGAGCGGCAGCCAGCAGAUGCUGAGCGUCACCACCAGCUUCUGUGGCAAUGGCAGUGGCGGUGGGUCGGCUGCCCGCAAUGCACGCUACUGCAGCUCGAAGAGCGAGGAUCUGGGUGAGUCCUCGGACUAUCUGCGGGUCAUGGAUGCACGGAAAUCCUACUCGGAACGACAUUUGGUGCGACUUAAGCAGACGGCCAUCAACAACACGCACAGCGAGGACGACAUGAGCUUCAACGAUGACAAUAAUCCAUCAGCAUCAGGAUUGGGUUUGGGUUUAGGCAUGGGUCUAGGAUUCGGUUUGGGAUUGGGAUCAUCAUCGCAUGGCCAGGCGCACCACCAGCAGCAGCAGCACUCACACCACCAGCAGCAGCAGCAACAGCAUCAGCAGGGUGGACGCUGGAGCAGCUGCUCCAUUAGCAACCACCUGAAGACGACCAAUAUCAAGACCACCUCGUUGGCCACGCUCACGCUCUCCUGCCAAUCGAAUUUAGUAGCCAAAGCUCCUUCCGUACCGUCAACUGCCAGCAGCUACCGCACGCCCUCCAAGUCCCUCGACCAGGCACUCAACAUCAAGGUCCAAAGCAACAACACAAACACGAACACGAACACUGGCAACAACACGAGCAACAACACGAGCAACAACAGCAACACGAGCAACAGCACCAGCAGCAGCAGCUCGGUGGAUGAGUCCCCAUCGCGUUUGACACUCAGCGGCGCUGAUCUGUCGCGUAUAUUCGUAAUGGACAUGGACGAUGCACCGGGCAGCAGCUGCAGCGAGGAGAAGACACCGCUUCUGGACAGCGUUGAAAUGUCGCCAAUAAGUCCAACCGAGCCGGAGCAGCCAGAUCUGGAGAAGCUCUAAGCGAAAACAGCAGCACACAAAGAACACACAAAAUAAAUAACAACACACAAGCUAGAACAGGGGUCGGCAAGCAGGUAGAAACAGAAAACAGAAGCGAAGUCGAAAAACGUUUCUUGCUUCUCUGCCGCUGCGCGUAGUAAAGCAAUUGUCAUACGAAGCUGCUUCUCUGCCGCUGCGGCCGAAGCUUUGACGCUGACUGCGCUGCCCGAGUUCGUUUUCUAUCCGUCGCUGUCGGCCUCUGCCCUAGACUAACCGCAAACACACACUACACACGUACGUAUUGAGCAGCCGAAAUGCAAAGCAUGUGAUAAAGAAACCAAAUGAAAUAGAGAUCGAAAUGGAAGAAGAGACAAGGGAGAAGAAAGGGAAGGUUAUAUCAAGUUAUAGAACUUUAGGCUAGGUACGAGCAGCAUUUGCAAGUGUUGGUCAAGGUAAGGCAACUUCUAUUUGAGUAUCACAGAGUAACAGACAGAGACAGACAGAGAGAUAUGUAAUGUAUAAUUCGGGGCUGCUUUCGCCUUUUGCUUGAUCCACACUCAAAGCUUUCUUCUGGUAACAAUAAUAUUUUCCUCUUUAUAUUGAACUUUAGCCGAUUGCUUUUACAGCAAAACUGCAAAAUUACACUAGAAUACGUGUCUACUAACUCUCUACAAAAGCAAAA